AUGACCGUGUGUACCCACUGCAAGGCUCGACACUGGGAGUGCGAAAGGACGAAGUUGACCGGACACUUCAGCACGUGCUGCUCGCAGGGCAAGGUGCAGCUACCUCCCUCUCUCCGGCCCAAUCCCAACUUUCAACAGCUACUUGAAGGCUCGGAUAGCGGUCAGUUGCCCCGUCCAACGUCAUUCGUCUGUAGUAGACCCACAUGCUGAACUGUGCGACCCACCUACACAGAACCUAAGGCAUUCCGGCGUUCCGCGAGAAUGCCCGGUCGUACAACAACGCGCUGUCGUUCACUUCGCUCGCUACCCACUUUGACCAGACUCGACCAGGCACUCAAGGACCCCGCAUGUUCUGCGUUUUUGGUUGCUUUUAG